AUGACAACACCUCCACCCCGCCACCACCGCGUCCUCAUCGCCGGCCUCAAAUUCGACGCCCCCGGCAGUACCGCGCAGCACUUCGGCCCACCCGCCGCGAUCGCCAAGGCCGUCCAGGACGACCUAGCCGUCGCCGAGCGCGCAGGCUUCUCGCACACCGAUCUACUGUUCGACCCGGACCGCAACCUCGAAGAGCAGGUCGGGCAGUUCGAGGCGUACCUGCGGUCCGGGAAGUUCGACGCCGUCAUGAUCGGCGUCGGCGUGCGGCUCGUGCCGGAGCACACGCUCCUGUUCGAGCGGCUGGUCAACUUGUGCAGAGUCAUCGUCCCGGAUAUCCCCUGGGUGUUCAAUACACGGCCUGGAACGACUACUGAGGCCUUGUACCGGGUUUUCGGGAAGCCGGGUGGGUGA